GUUUUAUUAGCAGCUGUGAGUGAGACAGGUGAGAUCAGCUGCAGGACACUUAAGAGACGCUUCAGAGACGCUUCAGAGACGCUUCAGAGACGAUCAUGUUGAAGUUUCCUCUUCAUUUCCUGUUGCUGGUGGUCCCUGUCGUCAUGGCGAUGCCUGAGCCCUUCUACUCAGGCGACGGGGAGUCUCCUCGCUUCCUUCCUCCGAUGCCUCCUUACCCGCCCAUGGACGGCCCCGAACAUUAUCCCGAUGGAGACAACAUGACGGGGCCCCCGGAUGGCGCCGUGGAGGCUUACUGUCAGAUGCUGCUGCAGGGCCCGGAGCCCGUCCCCGCAGACCACAUCCCCUGGUACUGUCUCUGUACACACUGUAAGAGCAGCCAGGGGCCCAAAGGGGACAGAGGAGACCGUGGACCGCCAGGUCCUCCCGGCAGUCCUGGACCAAGAGGGUUGACGGGGUUCAGAGGUCCUCCAGGUUUCGUGGGCAGACCAGGAGUCAAAGGACAGAAAGGAGAUGAGGGACUGAAGGGGGACCGGGGACUGCAGGGCUUUAUGGGAUCCAAAGGAGAGCGAGGCUUUAAAGGGGAGAAGGGGGAGUCAGGUCUGGAGGGACGUAUGGGGGAUCAGGGUCCUAAAGGAGACGAUGGCGUCUGUCCCGGUGACUGUGAGGCCAUUGAGGGUCCCCCAGGACCUCCCGGUGUUCCUGGCCCUGUGGGGGUCAGAGGUCCACAUGGUGAACCAGGACUGCCGGGACCUAAAGGACCAAAGGGGGACAUGGGUGAGAUGGGUCACCCUGGUGUUCCUGGAUCUGAGGGUUUGAAGGGAGAACCAGGACCCAUGGGGGACUGUAACUGUACAGACGGAGAGGAUGGGGCCCCAGGACAGAGGGGGGACAAGGGAGACAAAGGGGACCAGGGACAGAUGGGGCCCACGGGGCCGAUAGGGACACAGGGGAUAAAGGGAGACAUGGGGUCCAUGGGGAUGAUGGGUCGUCCUGGUCCCUGCAUGCCCGGCGUCCAAUCGGCCUUCGCUGCAGCGCUGACGACCAGUUUCCCCCCGCCCCUCGCCCCCGUCAUCUUCGCCCACGUUCAUUACAACAUCCAGGGGAGCUAUGACCCCGCCUCUGGCGUCUACACCGCCCCCGUCAACGGCACCUAUGUCUUCAGCUUCCACGUCUCCGUCUACCAGCGAGUCCUCAAAGUUGGCCUGUUCCAUAACUUCCAGGCAGUGGUCAUAAACACAUGCGUCAAACCAUUUGGGACAACCUCGCAGUCCGUCGUCCUCCACCUGGCCCGCGGGGACAUCGUGUGGGUCCAGGUGAAGGACGCCGUCACUAACGGCAUGUACGUCAGUAAUGAAGCCAGCAGCACCUACUCCGGCUUCCUGCUCCACCCUGACACGUGUGACAUGCCCUUACUGAGAGCGCCCAUCGUACCUGUGAACGGCACCUACACCUGGCCCGCGUCCUCUGACCCUAUGCCCACCGCUGCUGAUGAGUAAAUGCUCGCCGCUGACCUGUAGGACAUAAAUUAUUGUAGAUCCAUAAUGUGCUUUUCCUAAAAUCAUUUAACACCAAUCAACCGACAGACGAUCAGAUUCAACCGCCAAAAUCACCCCCAAAUUAGCCGUCGCCAAGUUAACCAACCAGAUAAAUCCAGAUCUUUAACCCCGCCCCCACAGCCCAGUUUAUUGUGAUGUCACUGCGUCGAUCUGUCACACCUGAAGAAACUGUUGGCAUCGUACGUUUCUACAAACCACCAAUACGUUACAUCUUAAUGGUCCUGACAGUGAGGAAAGAUGGCCGCCUCUCUGUUCUGUGUUUGUGUUCCUUGCAACUUUUCAACCACCAGCCAUUUUCAGCCGUUUCCCAAAAACCCUAAUUUUAUACCCGUAUGUUUUCCGAACGUUUUCCAAUGCGUUUUUGUACCUUAACAUAACCUCGCUGUCACCACAACACAGCUGAAAGGUAAAGUUUAAACUCACCACAUGUCACUAGUUUGUCAUCAGUGACCUUCACAUUUAAAUCUGACACGCUGGGUUUCCUCUGCCGUCUGUUGUUGACGUUCCGAGGCGGCGGGUUGUUACCUGUUCAUUAGAUUCAGGCCUAGUCCACACGAGCACGGGUAUUUUUAAAACCGAACUUUUUUGGCAUCCAGUUAUUAAAAACUCUGCAUCCAUACAAGCGGUGUAAUAAAAAUACCUCCGUCCACAUGACACCGCAAAUUCCACUAUCA